AUGAUAAGAUCAGGAAUACGAACUAUGGCUUCUGUAGCCUCUAAAGAAAACACGAAAGUUAUCAAUUCUGGGCUAAUACUUUCAAGAAUUCCUAUUGUAACUCCAGAUUUAACGGAAUUCGAAAAAAAAUAUUAUAAUUAUCAGUCUGAACUAGAAAAAAGGUUGAUGUGGACAUUCCCAUAUUAUUUUUACUUCAGAAAAGGUACAUUGGCUGAAAGAAGGUUUUUAAAAGCUCAAAAGUAUCCAGUAAGCAAACAGCCAGGUGUUUGGUAUCCCAAAGGUAUCCCUGAUAUCAGACAAAAUAGAGAAAGAAGAAGUAAGCAAGAUGUUAUUUUACCUAAGGAACAAGAAGAUAUAAAUGAAUCAUUAGAAAAAAUUUCCAGACCGGUCGUUCCAAAUCCAAGAACUACUAAAGCAGAUGAAACUGGGGAUUUAACAAGUUUAGAAAGAAAAUUAAGUCGUACGUUAUACUUGCUUUUAAAAAAUAAGACAGGUGAAUGGGAAUUCCCAACUUUCCAACUGAAAGAAGAUGAUGCACUUCUACAUUUAAAUGCAGAGACCGGUUUAAGAACUUUAGGUGGUAAAAAUAUUAACACUUGGACUGUUUCAAAAACACCUGUAGCUGCAUAUGAAAAUAAUAAUGGUAGUGAUAUUACGUUUUUCAUUAAAUCUCAUAUUCUUGGUGGUAAGUUUGACUUACAAGAAAAUGAUACAUAUUCUAAUUUUGCAUGGUUAACUAAAGAUGAAGUUAAAAAUCAUAUUAAAACUGACUAUUUUAACAAAGUUGAUUGCUUACUAUCAAAAGUAUAA